GCCCGUGAUCAGUUGACAUUUAUGUCGCACACCGAACGUUUCAUUUCCAGAGCCGGUAUUUACUGAUUUUGAAAGCCCAGCGAUUAACAAAGAAUACGCUCAGUUGUUAAUUUUCUUUUAAACGAUAGGUCUGAUCUGUGGACAAAAUGGCCCAAUCCGUGGAACUGAAAAACCCCCACCUUAAUAAAAUGAGCCAGGACUACUUAUACCAUCUGGCACUGAAUGUCCCCAAUACCAAGGAUACAAGGGACAUACAGAAGCGAUUUGGGGACGUUAAGUUCAUUUGCAUGGGCGGCACUGCUUCGCGCAUGUUGGAGCUCGCACUUUUUUUGCGCGAAUUGCUCGGUGUGAAAGACAACAGCGAACCGGAGGACCUCUGCAGAAGUGGAAAUCGGUAUGCCGUCUAUAAAGUGGGCCCAGUGCUGUGCGCCAGUCAUGGCGUCGGUAUGUCCACCUUCAGUGUGGUGCUACACGAACUACUCAAGCUCGUGAGGUAUGCGAAGUGCCAAGAUCCAGUAUUUCUUCGCAUUGGCACCUGUGGUGGUGUCGGCGUUCCACCGGGGACUGUGGUGGUAACCAAGGAGGCCUACAACGGAUAUCUGCGCAAUGAGCACGAGAUUGCUAUUCUGGGGGAAAAAGUUGUGCGUCCUGCCAAUUUCACUGCAGAUGUUGUCAAGGAUUUGGUAGCGUGUGGAUUGGGGGAUAACUUCAAGACAAUCGAAGCCAAUACAAUGGCCACCGAAUGCUUUUACGAAGGACAGGGACGCACCGAUGGCGCCGUCUGCAAUUACAGUGAAGAGGAUAAAAUGCAGUUUUUAAGAAAAUGUCAUGAUGAGAAGGGGAUACGCAACAUAGAAAUGGAGGCCACUAUGUUCUCUUCAUUGACCAAUCUGUGCAAUGUCAAGGCUGGCGAUAUUUGCGUAACCCUCAUCGAUCGUUUGAAGGGUGAUCAGGUCGAAAUUUCCAUGGAGACUAAAAGCGAGUACGAGCAUCGCCCAUUCAUUAUUGUGGGUCGCUACAUCCAGAAGAUUUUGGCAUCUACCACUUGAAUAUUUGAAAACGGAAAACACGAUAAUUUAUAAUUUAAAAAAAUGGCGGAGUUUCCGAAUAUGAAAGAGUGACCUAUUACUCAUGCAUUUAUGAGUAUGUCCAUACGUACAUAAUCCUCCACGCAAAACUUUACGUUCAGAUCAAAAAAAAAAAUUUCAACUUUAACUCUAGAUACAUAUAUUAAGAGAUAUUAUACCAUAUAAUAUAAUAUAAAACUUCAUUUUUAA